UGCUCCCUUGGUUGACGUUACUGGGCGGGCGGGCACAAUUUGCCACAGCUUAACAUGGAAGGGGCGUGGAACCUUUCACUAGUUUAAAGAGACCAGUCCUCCAUUGAGCGUUCAGAACUCAGUGUUGGGUUUUUUUUUCUUGUGAGAAACGUCGUCCUCGUGCUGAGCCUCACGUAGCCUCCGUUCUGUCGGAACAACAAUGAGCUCCAUCAAGUCCUUCUCCGUGGAGCUGGAAGCUCCACCUGAUGCAGCCUUCACCUGUGGGGAGGUGGUGUCUGGACAUGUGGUGCUGGAGCUCCGCAGGGAGACGAAAGUUUUCUCCAUUAAGGUGCAGGGAAGAGGGGUGGCGACUGUGCACUGGCUGGAGAACCGUGGCUUGAACGCUGUAUAUAAUGACUACACCUCCAAACUCACCUACUUCAGGAAAAGACAAUAUUUAAUCCGAGGUGUUACUCACUGAGCUUCGUUGUAGCCAUCUGCAGAAUGAAACCAGUCAAGCCAAACAAGUUGCAAGGAAACCAGUGAGAGUGUCCAGAUCCGUCUGCCAGAUAACGAGAUCUUUGACAUUAAACACAAAUCCAUUAGUGCAGCAGAGUCUAGUUUACUGAGUGCUGCAGGGUGAAAUUCCCCCAGUGUGAAUUGUAGCAGACCAAACCAAAGAGGUAAAUAAACAGUGGGCAGUGGUUAAUGUUUUAUUACAUGUUAACAACUAGGCUGGCUUCUUUCUAGAAAUAAAAAGUGACAAACUACAGAUGCAAUAAUGCAUUCAUUGAAUAGCUCUUUAUAAGAAUUUAAACAUUUAAAAUGGUUAUUUUAACAGUUACUACACAGUAAAUGCAGACGACAAAAAGCAGAUAAAGAGCACAAAUGUGUGGUGUUUUGAACUCCAAAGGUCAUUUUUAUUGACAUGUGCUUGACCAACUAAUGUAAGUUUUGUACUAAAGUUAGAAAAUGUACUGCAAACAAAACAUUUUCCAUAUUAUGUCAUUUAAAGUUCAUAUAAAAAAAAAUC